AAAUGCGCGGCGUCCUUGCCUAUGAAUUUUCGUGUAUGAUUUUUGCUGCCACUUUAGUGCCAGUUUUUACGCGGGCACGCCGCGCCGGCCGAAAAACUUACGAAGUUUUGCUUUCACUAACUAGACCAGCAGACAGUAGAUACCUUGGUGCUUGAUGUGUAGACUCCUAAAAAGCAGUGUUGCUUGUCCAAGGAGAAGUCAAGGUGACUCAACUCAAGUUGUGCAGACUGACAUCUGAGAAAUUAAUCUCCAGUGUGCAGAUCCACGAGUGAUACAUGUGCAUGUAAUUCAGUUGUCGGCAAAGACAAGAGAAGUAUUGGUCAUCUGAUGCUUCUACCGGGUAGCUGAUGGUCCUUUGUGAUGCUGUUCUGCUUUUGAUGAGUUAAUUUACAACUUGUUCUUUCCACUGAUGUGCAGGAGAAUCUACAAGUUGAGCUGUGACUGGUCGCACCUCUCCAUCAGUCUCAGAUGAUGUACCGGUAGCUGUCAGUUACAGCUAGCAUAUUACCUCAGUAUUUGGACAAACUGGUACUCCAGACCCUUCAGUUGCAAAUUUCAUCAUUAGCUCCACAAUGGCCUCCUCAGGAAAUACAAACACUCCUGAGUGUUUGAUGUGCAAGUCCCCAGUUGAAAACACGGAUAACAGUUGGAGGAGGUACAGCUUGAGGCUCUCGGGCCCUUCCCUUGAACAGUUUGAAGGGCAGGAUGGAUUCCUUUGUUCUUCAUGUAAAUCAAAGCAUCUGCAACAAACUGCCAGUCAAACACAAACUGGUCAAGCGAAAAAGAGACCUAGCUUCUCUUUUUACUCAACACAAAAAGGACGUAAAAAGCCUAAGUAUAGUGUACCACAUUCUAAAGUGAAUACCCAAUCCAAGGGAUUCUUAAGUAGAUGUAAAUUGAUACAGUAUCUCUCAAAGGCAAUCAAGGCAAAUCAAUACGCUCAAGCUAUCAAGGCCAUUCUUAAUCAUAGCAAACGUUCGAGGCAAGCAUUCUGUACGGUUGCCAGCACAGCUGUCCGACAAGAAAUCCGCAGGUGUGCACUUAAAACACUCGAAUCAAAACCUGUUACCCCUGGAAAUAUUGCAACCUUCAAAUGGGGCAAAGUUGUUGAGGAGGCUGCUUCUCACAUGCCAAUUCUUGUAAAUGUUCUGAAAGGGGCUCUUCAUCGUCACCAGAAGAUGAUCUCAACACGACCAGCUGUCUGCAUGCCUGACCAGCGCCUAGGCUUUAUUUUGUCGUUGAUUUUGUAUUCGCAUCGGGCGCGUAAAUUCAGUUUCAUUCAGAGCUGUGUGUCUGUGAAACUGAAGAGACAAGGGUGUACAAGUACUGUUUUUAAAUGUUUGCAUGCCCUUGGUGUAUGCGUACAUUUAAGUAAAGUAACAACAUCCUUGGCAAUAGAUACGGCAGGGACAGACUACACUAAAAGGCAAAAACAGUGGCAGCUCAAUCUGAGUCAACAGCUUGAGUCAAGUGCCACAGUUGUGGCAGAUAAUGAGACCCAAGGAACAUCACCGUGUGGUGAAAAGCAAGCAGCUGUUUUGAAUGAAACACACUCACUCGUAGCUGACAUUGAUGAUGACGCUGCUUCUGAUAUGAGUGUAUCUGCUGACAACAACUCUGAUAGUGAUUCUGUUGCAGAAUCUGCUUCAGCUGCAGUAAAUGCAGAUAAUUCGCCAAGUACAUCGAGCAAACAUGAUUCAAGCAGUAAGGACACAUCACAGGAAAGAAAAGAUCAGGCACCUGAAGUAAAGCAAAUGCUUCCCGCAAUGCAUGAUUCACGAAGAUUUGAAUACCUUGACCCAGGGUAUAUCAUAGUGUGCGACAGUGUGUUGAUGCAGCUAGCUACACGUAGGUCACUCAAUGAGUACAAGUUACAGACCUCAACCUUUGCUGUAAGGAAUAGAGUUGGAUUUGACCAAUCGUCGGAUUACACGGUGAAACGUGCAGGAGAAAUUCCGUUGUCAUGUUUUCUUCCAAAGCCCUCUGACUGGAGAGGUUUGAAGAAGAGAAUGUGCCAAAUUCUGGAGCACAUUUUGAAAGAUCAUUUGCCAUUUUUGAAACAGGUGGAAUGUUCUGCCCCUAAGCGGCACCAACACAGUGAUGCCUUGAGUAAGAAAAGUGAGAUUGCCAGCUUAGGCGUGAUAGAUGAAAACCCCUACAGCACAUCAGGCUCAGUCCGUAUGCUUGAGUCACUUCAUCAGUUUGUUCCAUCGUAUGGUGAUGAGAACUUGUACCCAAUUGUAUGCUUUGGGGAUGGGCUCUCUGUGGAGAAAAUGGUUGAUGCCAAACGUGCAAAAGCUAGUGGGGCUUCUGCAGUGGAUAGGUUGGAGGGACUAGUGCAGUGUCCGCAAGACUUUCAUCGAAGAGGAGUUUUACUCCAAGACACGAUGGAUAGGUUCUUCAAAGAGGACAGUGCUAAAGAGACGGGAACACUUUUCCAGAUAAAUGAAGACUUUAAUCAUUGUUCUGUAAAGCAGAAGGUCUUUGAAAACUUCAGUGAUGUCGAAAAUCUUCUGAAUUUCUGUACACAUGCACUCAGCACUGUGCUUGCAUUCAAGCUUGCAAAGUUAGAUGGAACCACCGAUACUCCUGCAGAUUUUCCGACCUUAGGAAGAGUUCAGAAAAAGAUGUGGCUAACAAAAUUCACACAAAAGAUGGUAGAUUUCAUAUGGCCAAGAUUUCCUACUGACGACAGCCUAGACAAAGUACAUAGGCAAAAGAAGACACAGUUUUGUGUUGACAAGAAAGAUGACACUUUCGGUGAUAUUCUUGCUGAUAUGGUCAAAGACACUAAAAGCUGCAAAUGUGGUGAGUCCAGUGAUGAAGGAAUGAUUCGAUGUUUAAACAGGAAAUGUGGUGCAUGGUUUCACUACUCUUGUGCCAAUGUUGAUGGUCCCGUGGAAGGUGAUUGGUGGUGUUCAGCAGAGUGCCAGGCUUCCAAGUCCUUCAUAUAUUGUACAUGCCAUAGAAGGACAGGGAAGGAAGACAGUAUGGUCCAGUGUGAGAUGCAAAGUCGUUGUACUGCAAAUGAGUGGUAUCAUGUGGAGUGCAUAAGAGGGGCUGAAGAUUUACCCGAUGAGUGGUAUUGUUCUCCUGCAUGUAAACGACUCGCAUCUUUCAAACCCAAAGGUGAUAGGGUCCAUGAAUAUUCCAGAGCCUUGUUAUAUGAGGGUCUUUGUCAUCUAGCCUUCCGUGAUGCAGUACGUGAGGGUGAUGGACCAGCCAUCCUCAGCCACUGGAGGAUCAACACCCUGCAGUUUUGGAACAACAAACAUCUCAAAUAUUUCAUCUUGGCUCAUAACAUGCUGGCAGGUGUCAGUGGGUUCUAUCCAGCCCGAGUUGCACAUGACAUGACCUGGAACAGAGUGGCAAAUUUAACCGGUCAGGCAGAUGGCAAUAUUGGUCUGGAUCUGGUUAACGAAAUCCCAACUGAUGAGUAUUGGAAAAUGGUGUCCAGAACAGAAGAUGGGUAUCCAGAGAAAGAGAGGGAACAGAAAAGCAAACCGAGGGAUGAAUUUUUACAUGAGUUGGAAAGCAUCUUCUUGAAAUCUCGAACAACUCAAACUGCUCAGGAGCUGCAGCAACUCAAAUUUGAUCAAGAUGUCGACAGUUUCGCUUCUGCAUACAUGCAUGAAGGUCUCUUUGAUUAUGUGCCAGGUAGACAUAACAAGUCCUUCCCAUUUUUUAAGCACACUGUUGAGGUGAACUGCCCUGAAUUAAUGGGACAAAAUCUUGUCCGACUCAGUCAGUGUAUGGACAGGUGGAGGGGUGUUGCGAAAUUUUGAGCGUGCAAGCGUAAAUUCAAUUCAGUCACCAUUGUUAGAGGAAACCGAACUGGAACAUAGAAAACGGGUCUUAAUAUAAAGAGACGUGUGUGUGUGGUCUCAUUCAAUUAUUUUACGUGAAUUGUUUGGCAGUUUUAGAUGCAGAUACUUUAUUUUGACUGAAAGUAGACUAAGUACAUGUCUUUGUAUCUCAUUCCAUGAAAUUUGUUAGGGAGCAUAUCAUUUGUGUGAAAACAAUCCUGACAAACAAUGGUUAUCAGUCCUGUUACUUUUUGGUCUUCAAAAUCUAAUCAUUCCUACAAUGCACAGAAUGCAUCAGUGAGAAGAUUUUUUAGUGUUUCACCCGUGGACCCUUAUUAUGUGCUUUGCAUUGAUGGAUUUGUGGUCUAUACUGUGUCGCAUGUAUUCUGAAAACACUUCAAGUACAUUCAUUGUGCUGAUGUGCAUUCUUGUUAAGUCCUGGCACUUACAUAGCAGAAAUCAAGAUAUCUCAUCAGGACUCCAAUGGGUGAUGUUGCAAAGCAACAAGAGGUCAAUAGUCUGGAUGUAGAUGACAAGCAAAAUGCCACUGUUAAUGUAGUCCGACACGAAUGUAGCCAAAACCUGGGACAGUUGUACAAUGUUGUAUGAUCUGCAACAAAAUCCAUAUAUCGGCCUUACAAAGGGAGUCAAGUUGGCACAGCGUUACUACAUCAUCUCCAACCUGUUUAAAACUAUCCCAUCCAAGCUGGUUUUUUUUGUUCUUCUUCAAGCCAGACAUUUUUUCCAAGCCAAAUUCUGUUGUUCCAUUCCAGACUUUCUUUCCAGCUUUGACAGUAAACAAGUCUUUUCAGCUUUUAGGUUGUUAAACUUUCUUUCUAGAAUCUUUUCUCGAACUGUGGUUUCUUGUCUUGGCCAGAACGAUCAGUAAAAAUGUGGUUUUACGUGAAAUUUAAACCACGUUUUUUCAUGCUGCAUUGUUCUGAGCUAGAUACGAGCCAGUAUUUCCAAGUCUCCAGCUUGACAUCUUGGCAGAGUCUCUACUAGGUUCGCUAUCCAAGUCAUUUCCUGUCGUGGCACACCUUAGUCAACAUUUGCGACAGUACUCUGUCCACUGGUUCACUCUGGUGUCUCCUUUGUCUUUGUUCAAACUGAUUGUGCCAUGCUUUCCCACUUUGGAAUGAUUUUUCCCUCAUGAUGCUAAUGGGUCGGCGGCAAAAGCAGGAUCUUGUGCUCUGAUACUGUCUGAACUUGGCAUUAUAUGUCGCCUUUAUUGUUCAUCACAUACCUGCGACUUGAUGCAUUCCUGAAACUAUGAUAAUACACCAUAUCAUCAUCGUAACAUCUGAACUCUACUUCUCUCAAUUUACUCAAGACAACCCGACUGCAUAAACACACACUGGAACUAGUUUUGAUACAGUUUUAUCAGCUCCCCUACAUUACCUAUAAUAUAAGUCCUACAAAUGUAUACAGAUCCAGUAUGUACCCCCAAAAAAAUUACAAAACAACAAAUAUGUUAUUCAUGAAAAUUGAAACCAUUUGGGCAAACUUAUACCAGAAUUGUUGAACCAAUCUACAUGUAUACUCCUCAGCUCACCAACCUUUGUUUAACUCAUCUUUAGAGAAAAAUUGAUACCGAGUGUUUGCCAACUUUUUAAUACAACUUGGUAUAUGACAAGAUAAACCGAUGUUAUGUUCAGGCUUCCUUUUGGAAAUAAGAUUUUUAAAAAGAAUCCAUCCAGACCAAGUAUUAUCUUAAUAAAUAACCUAAUACAUGUAUUUGGUAACAUUUUCCAGUUGGUCAUUAUCCAUCGGGUUUUUUGUGUGUAUUUGUUGGGAGGGGGUCAGGGCAGCAUUUUAAUAGGUGGGAAUGUCUUAUAGGCUGAUGUACUCUAUGUGUGGCUUUGCUAACUGAAAAUCGCUGUGAAUCUUUGUCUAGAAACUUAGAAUGAAAUAUGUACAUACAUGUAUUUGGGACUAAAAAGGUGAUGAGGCCAGCCUGGAGUUGUUAAGUUGGGGGGGGGGGUGAAUAUUUUUUUGGGUGUAUUUUGUGGGCAUUUGGUAAAAUAACAGCCUGAAGAUCAAUUGAACUAAAAUAGUAUGUUGAAACAAAGAAUUAUAAGUAGGAAGCAAGUUAAUUAAUUAUUACGUUACAUGUACAGUUUUGCAUAACAGAAGAAUGUUAAGAAAUAAUGUUUUGAAGUUCAACAUUAAUGCUUAUUUAGCAGGUAUGUGUAUGUUAAUAGUUCACUUGCUUACAAAAAUGUGUGCACCGGUACGUAAGCAAAACAGUGAUUUGCCAGCAUAUUUGUUUUUCGUAAUUGUUUUUUUUUCAGUUUGGACAAACGAGAAGUUUGAAUUUCAACCAUAUGUUUAUGAUGAGGAUACGUGAUGCUAACUCUUGUAUCCAAAAGUAUUAAUACUAUUUGGCACAGUUGUAUCAUGUGCCAGGACAUUUGCUUUCUUUUCAGUUUGCACAAAAGAAAACUGUUUGAAUUUUAAUUUUCUUAUGUAUAAAUGAUGCUAACAUUGCAUCAAAAAUGUAAAUGCUACAUGUGCAUUGUAUAUGACAACAUCAUGUGCCUUUUUCUAUCACAUCUAUCUGUAUCGUUUUGUAUACCAUGAGUUUUCCACCUAGAUUAGUGUCACACAUGAGUUGUAAAACUAGGUAUGACAGUGGUCCACAUGCACUGACACAUUCCAAAGAACUAAACUCGUGGAAAUUUCUUCCGCAUUUUUAUGUUGGGAUUUUUGGCAUUGACAUAAAGUUUGUAAUUUAUCUUGCUUUGUUUUCAAUGGCUUUCAAGUAAGAAUAAACAUAUCAGGUUGUAAUACAAUUUUUGUACCCAAAAGAAAGCUUAAGAUUUUGAAAUUGCAGAGAAUGUUGCAUGUAUAGAUUGUUUUCUCCAAGUAGGCAUACAAGAAAAGGGUUGAAGAAAGCAGUAGUUUAAACAAUUCAGUUCAUGGUGUUACAUGUAACUUUGAAUAAAAAGAGAAACGUUUGAAAUUUAA